UAAACAGAAACGACGAUAAACCACGAGUUAGGAAAGAGGUCGACAUUUUGUUGCCACCUUACGAGAGCGCUUCUUAUUGAUUCCGGUGGAUGCUGCACACCAACUGACAUCGAGAGAGCAACGGUUUCCCUAAACUAGACGACCAUUUUAUCCAUUGUUCAUAAUUACUCCAUUUUUUGGAGGCCUUCAUCUUGUUCAUUUUAUUCCUCCUUUGCCGAACGGUGUGAGCAUCCGAAUCCGUAUUCCGUCAAUCAUUGACACGUGGUGUGUGCUUAUCGUUUGUUCCGUUUUUGCAUCAGAAUGUCAACAGACUCAGAAUUGCCCUUGCAGUCCAAUAAUUCUAAGCUGUACUCGCCGCCAAGUUUGGCUGAGCACAGUUUACGCUUUCGUCCUGUUUUUGCUAUAUGCCUGUUCAGUGUGCAUCUGUUCUUCGCGAUCCUGAUCGUAGUGGUUGGCACUAUCGCAUCGGCACUCUGCUGGCCACAUCCCGACGGUGACGCGUCGUCUGUUUAUUUUAUCAUCAUUUAUCUACGCAUCAGCUACUGGGUGGUAACGUACGUGAUACACGAACAGAACAAGCGAGAAUUUGUUCGACUCGCCGAGGCGGACUUUGAUCAUUACCGCAUGCUGACAGUGUAUCGGAAGGCACCGUUACAGAUAGCCACCUUAUGGAAUGUGAUUCUACUGACGGUGCAGAACCAGGUGCGAUACCUGUUUCCGUAUGUGCAGGGAGAUGCUAGCGAUGGUAGCGUUGGUACAACUGUAGGCGGUGCGCUUAAUCCAGCCAUAACACCGCAGGUGUUCGUGAUCGUGGUGUGUGCGCUGGAGCUGUUGGUUUUAUUAUGUUUUUACGUGCCACUGGUAAGGAUUCUAAUCGAUAUCAGAAAAUCGGAAGGCCAUGGAAAGGUAACUGACCUCCGGUACCGUCGCAUGACGGAUACGGAACUCGCGGAACAACCGAUCGAGUGGCAGUUGGAGCGGCAAGCUAUCCUGAUCAAGUGGCUUCGUACGAAACGCGACAGCUUACAGCGGGAGGCAAAACUACUUGGCGUCGAUCAAUGUUGAUCGUCCUUUGUGUAUGUUAUGAGAAGUAAUCGUAGGACGGUCUGCGGUAGUAGUAAGAGCUCCAUUUAGAUGGUACGCAAUAACUCAAGUGUAUUCAUCUGUAAUAUUGCGAUAUGUUUAUUUGUAAUUGUUCACAGGAAACAAUAAUAAUCUACCACUAGUGAUAAGAAAACGAUAAAAACAAAUCACACAACCGUUUGCUGGGCCGGAAUCCCAAACUGAAACGAAAUAAAUCACACGAGAUGUUCUACGCAUUA